AUGCGCGAGAAGGUAGUGGAAAGUGGCACCCGCCUCAUCCAGCAAGGCGACGAGGGCGAGGUCAUGUGGGUGAUUGAGGAGGGCGAGCUCGAGUGUUUCAAGACGAUUGGCGGCGAGGAGAAGUCAGUCAAGAAAUGCUGCCGCGGCGACGUCUUCGGGGAGCUAGCGCUUCUCUACAACUGCCGCCGGGCGGCUUCGGUAGUGGCCUCGCAGAAGUGCGUGCUGUGGGAGCUGGACCGGGAAACUUUCAAGGCCAUCUGCUACGAGGCAGCGCAGAAGGCGCCCCCAGAGUAUGAGGGCUUCUCCGCCCCCGCCGCAGCCUCUUCGGCUGCCCCAGCAGCGGCAGCAGCGGCACCGGCACCGGAAGCAACGGAAGCGCCGGAUUCGCCGAAGGAGGCGAGGCAAUCCUCGAAGGAGGACGGGGCCGAUUCGGACAGCGAUCCGGGCGACACGGCGGAGUCGGUUCCCAUCCAGCAGGUGAAGAGACCCGUUGGCCGCAGAACGGGCGUUAGCGCGGAGGCGACGAAAGGUGGCGAGGACAGCUGGACGCCACCGGUGUAUGAGAAGACGCCCGAGGAGCGCGCGUCACUGUCUGAGAUCAUCAAGUCCUCGCGUGAUAGCAAGAUUCACAUGCUGUUUGGCACCGUGAAUCAAAAGACUUUCGAGAUGAUCCUCGAUGCCAUGUUCAUCAAGAAGAUCGGCAAAGGAGAGGCAGUGAUUUCCCAGGGCGAAGAGGGGGACUACUUCUACAUCGUGAAGAAGGGGCAGUUUGACAUCUUCGUGAAGAAGGGCGACGAUCCCCCGAAGAAGGUCUUCCAGUGUGGACCGGGCUUUGCUUUCGGAGAGAUGGCCUUGCUCUACACGUGCCCGCGCACUGCCACCAUCACGGCCCAGGAUGAGUCAGAGGUGUGGAGCCUGGACCGCACGGCGUUCCGAAACCUCGUCGUCCGCAGUGCUGAAGCCCAGUUCAAGGAGUCUUGUAGCUUCCUCAACUCCUGCGACAUCUUCGCCACCUUGACCCAGGACCAGAUCUGCUCCCUUGCGGAAGUGCUUGAGGAGGAGGAGUUCGACGACGACGAGGCGAUUGUCGAGCAAGGCGAGAAGGAUGACAAGAUGUUCAUCCUACGAACGGGCCAAGCAGUCGCUUGCAUCGGGGGCGAGAAAGGCGAGAUCGAGGUCAAGCAGUACGCGAAAGGAGAGUACUUCGGAGAGAUUGCGCUUCUCAGUGGCCAGCCGCGUAAAGCCAGCGUGUACGCGGUGGGCAAAGCGACCUGCUUCUACAUCACCCGCUCGACCUUCCGCCGAAUCCUCGGACCGCUGCAGAGCUUUCUGGAGAAGAACAUGGACAAGUACGCCAAGUACCAAGAUGCCAUGAAGGAGGGGGUCAACGAGGAGGAGGACACCACCAAAAAGGAGGGUCCGUCGGAGAAGAAGCAGAAGACCGUCCGCAAGCGGGAGAAGAAGGGCGAGGACUUGGCCAAGGUCGAGAAGAAGGUGGUCAGCGAGGCAGGAGCAGAUGCACCAGCGGAGACGUUGGCAGACAAGGUGGCGCAGGACUUCAAGAAUCCGGCCCUGGUCACGCCGAGCGACGCCCACGUGGUUUCAGACGCUUCCAUGAUGAUGUUCGGUGGCGUGGUGCCGGGUCAGAAAUUCACCAUGGACAAGCACAUCCAUUGCCGCACAAAGUUCGAGAAAGGACAAAGAGGAGACGAGGACCUUUACACGUGGCAGGCGGCCACGAAGUUGAAGCAGGCCACCGAGAUUGCCGUGCUUUGCCAGAAGGGCCAAAAGUCCGCUUCCGACCCGACUCCCAACCAGGACAACUUCUUCGUGCACCACGUUGGGGCAGUGACCAUGUACGGCGUGUGCGAUGGGCAUGGUCCCUUCGGCCACCUUGUGUCUUUCCGACUUGUGCAGACGCUGCCAUACUUCUUGACGAACAGCGAGCACUUCGGCAAGAACUGGGAGGAAGCGCUGCAAGAGGCCUUCGGCAAAGCGCAGGAGGAUUUGGAGACCUUCUGCCGUGAGCAAAACAUCAACAUCGAGGCCUCGGGUGCGGCAGGGUCUUGCCUGGUGCUGGAGGAGCAGACCGUUCACAUUGCCUUCAUUGGCGAUGCGAGGAUCAUGCUCGGAUCCUGGAAUCGCCGGGACUCGCGCAUGAUCUUUUGCACGAAGGACCACAAACCCGAGCUUCCUGAAGAGAAGGCGCGUUUGGAGGCCGAGGGCAGCGAGGUCAGGGAGGUCGACGAGGGGAGCUGGCGAAUCUACCUCAAAGGUUCCAACUUCCCUGGGCUCACCAUGUCCCGCGCCUUUGGGGACACGGCCUGUGCCGGCAUCUCCCGUGUUCCGGAAUACCACAAGUUCCUGAUGCAGCCCAAUGACCAGUGGUACGCCAUCGUGGCUUCCGAUGGCAUCUGGGAGUUCAUCGAAGGAGAGGAGUGCUGCAGCCUUACGUCGAAAAAGCUUCGGCUGAAAGGUCCGCGAGAAACGGUGGAGUUCAUCACCACCGCGAGCCGGAAGAGGUGGGCCCACGUCUGCGGAGAUUACUGCGACGACAUCACGGCCCUCCUGGUUCAGUGGAACACCACACCGCCCGAAGGAGGCACCAGCAACCACAUGAUGACAGUGCGCCAGUUCCAGCCACCAUCCUCCUAA